GCCAGCAUGCGGCUUCUGGCACUCGUCCUCAUGGUGGGCGUACUGGGCUUGGCCUCAGGGAUAAACUUGAACAUCUUCAGGUGGCCCACCUUUAAUCGCAAUAGAAGUGGCAAAGGUGGCAGUGGUGGAGGAGGAGGCUACGGUGGAGGAGGAGGCUACGGCGGUGGAGGAGGCUACGGCGGUGGAGGAGGCUACGGCGGAAGUGGAAGUGAGAAAGGAAAUCCCCUACAAAGUCUGCAAAGGCUUAAAAAUCAGGCUUUCACCAGCCUCAGGAACCUGAAGGAACCCAUAAUCGACGGGAUCAGCAAACUUAAGAAUCAUGUAUUGGGUCUGAAGGGUAACUUGCUCCAGUUCAAAGGUGAUUUACUCACCAAGGCCGGCAGGUUCCUUACCAAAGGUCAAGACAGUGGUAAGUCUAGCUACCACAGUCGACCGCCAUCACACUACGGUGGUGGUGGUCAUGGUGGUGGGGGCCACAGUAGUGGUGGUGGACACAGUGGAAGUAGUCAUAGUGGUGGGGGUUAUAUUGCUGGUGGCCACAGUGGUGGUGGCCACAGUGGUGGUGGCCAUGGAGGGCACGGGGGUGGUGGCCACAGUGGUGGUGGCCAUGGAGGGCACGGGGGUGGUGGCCACAGUGGUGGUGGCCAUGGAGGGCACGGGGGUGGUGGCCACAGUGGUGGUGGCCAUGGAGGGCACGGCGCUGCCCCGGCCUCCAGCUACAGUGCUUCCCCGGCCCCCAGCGCCGUGUCCCCUGCUGCCAGUUACAGCGCCCCACCAGCUUCGACCCCCAGUUACAGCGCUCCUCCAGCUUCGACCCCCAGUUACAGCGCUCCUCCAGCUUCGACCCCCAGUUACAGCGCCCUUCCAGUUUCGACCCCCAGUUACAGCGCUCCUCCAGCUUCGACCCCCAGUUACAGCGCCCUUCCAGUUUCGACCCCCAGUUACAGCGCCCUUCCAGUUUCGACCCCCAGUUACAGCACCCCUCCCAGCCUUUACAGCCUGUCACCAGCACCGUCAGGCGGGCACAGCAACGCGAGGUCACCGUCGCCCAGCGGAUUCGUCGCCCCCAAGAUUACCUUCAGGGGGUUCACGGCCUCCGUGGCUCCUUCACCUGCCGGUUACAGUGCCUCUAAGGAUGGCUCAGGUCAGGCACCUGCCCCAGGCUACCGUAUCCCUGCACCCACUGCUGCUGUCACUGGAACUAGCACUACCAGUUCAUACAGCCAGGUUAGUGCAACAUCCAAGCGGAACGCUUUACCAGCGGGUCCAGCAGGAUCAACGGGCAGCAGGUACGGCGAGCAGCAGGAGCAGCACAUUAAUGCUCCUCUCUUCGCCGCCAUGACCAUGGGCCACCUCUUGGACGAAGACGAAGUCUUACUAGGAACGGCAGAAAAUUCCUGGCGGCCGCUCACGAAGACCACGGCAGCCGUUCCCGCCUAUAACGCCCGCUCCGCCACCAGGGGAGCCGUUAGCUCUACCGAACACCCGCUCUACAUCAACCUCGACGACGCCACCGCCAACGGUGUCCAAAAGUCUAGUGACACACUCCUGGGUGAGCCGGUCUCUGUGGACGAUGGUGACACGUACUUGCUAUCCGCCACAGAGGAGUCCGACGACGUCCUGCUGGUGGAUCAGGGCAGCCCUGACGCGGCGGCCCAGGCUCUUGCCAGGGUUGUCGACGCCGCUGAACUACUGACUGAGGCCUCGCCGGCCGGCCGAUCCCUUUCAGGAGGACGGCCGCAGGAGACCAUCCUCGCCGUAAAGCAGGCAGCAGGAGGGGCGAGACCGAGUCGGGAGUCCGACACGCAGCUCCAGCCGGGGCAAGAGUCCAACAUGAUGUUCUCAGCGCUCAUGGAGGAGCUCAAACUCAAUAUUCUGAUGGCACUCAUCCGUCGAGCCAACCUGGAGGCUAUGCUCACCACUCAGGGCGGCUUCACUAUCUUCGCGCCAACUGACUCUGCCUUUACCCAGCUGCCUCGCUCUCUCGUCUCCCUUCUCCAGAACAACACGGACAAGCUGCGGGAGGUGGUCCUCUUCCACGUGGUCCCUGGCACUCUCCGCCUUCACCAGUUGGGCAACAAUGACAUGCUGAGCUCCACCUCACCCAAAGGUCGCAAGCUGAGAGUCAAUGUCUUCCUCAACGGUGGUGGCCCAGAUGAUAAGGUGGUGACCGUCAAUGGGGCGCGGAUAUUACAGGAGGACAUGCUGGCCACAAAUGGUGUUAUCCACGUAAUCGACCGCGUCCUGUACCCGAUGACGGACCUCUCCAUCACCGACCACCUCUCCGCCUGUGAGACCUUCACUGGAGCCAACGUUGCAGUGAAGGGCGCCGGUCUGAUGCCGGUGCUGGAACAGGAGGGACCUUUCACUGUGUUUCUCCCAACCACUGAUGCAUUUGCUGCCAUUGACAAUGCCACUGUGUCCAGCUUCAUUCAAAAUAUCACCUUGUUGCAACAUGUACUCAUGUACCACAUAGUUCCUGGAGCUUACUUCAGUGAGGGUUUACGUGACGGUAUGUGGCUUCCAACUCUGGCCCAGGAGCAGGAACUGCAGGUUCGGAUCACCAGUGAUGGAUACACACGUCGUUUAGCUGGAGUGGGGCAGGCAACUAGAGUCAUCAAGCACGACAUCAUUGCUACUAAUGGGGUAAUACAUGUCAUCGAUACAGUCUUGAGGCCAGAACAGGAAACUCCAAUAUGUGGCCACUUCUAGGAAGAUAUGGUACCCUUUAUGUGAUGCCAUAGAGGUUAAGUAAUAGACUCAGGACUAGUGUUGUCCUCAACCAACUAUGCUCACCAUGCAACAUGUUAGUCACUCAACAUGAAAGAUUUAAGAAAGUUCAGUAUUGAAGCUUGUUCUUUCUCUACAUUUCCAGAAUCCCAUUUAUUGUUUUUAAAAUUACUGUGUAACAAUGGUUUUAUUUAUUUCUCUUAAUUAUAUAAUCAUGAUAUAAACACGAGUCUUUUUUGGCACUGAAGUGAUGAGCAUAGCUAAGUGGGGUACACAUGUAAUAAUACAUAUAAUCUUUUUACUUAAAUUUAUUAUAUACUCCUUCAGAGUACAGAUAAGGAUCCACCUGUGUGGAUCUUGCUUGGCAGACGUGGCAGGUCCAUUAAUGUGACCCAAGCUCUAUACUAAAUGCCAUAAGUGUAAGUCAUUUAUUAUGAUAGAAUAUGGGUCAGCAUCUCCAUGCUAUAACCUUAAGGGUUAUUCCACACAUGUUUAAGGCUUGCCUUUUACAGUAUUUAAUGUUGCAUUGUACCGAAUGAAUGUAUGUAGCAGAGUUGUAAAUA